AUGGAAAUUGUUAUUAUUCCAGAUACAAAUAUAUUAUUAGAACACCAAGCGUUAUUAUCAAAAUUUAUAAAUGAUACACAUCCGUUUAAUAUAGAAGUGUUAAUUUUAAAAAUUGUAGUAGAUGAGAUCGACAGACUAAAACCUAUAAAUUAUAAAGCUCAAGAAGCAAACAAGUUUAUACAAAAUAAUUUAUCAAAAAGCAUACUAUCAAUUGAAGGACAGAUUAAAAAAAAUAGUAUGGAAAUACUUACUGAAAUUGGUGAUAUGCAAAAAUUACGAACAGUCGAUGAUAAAAUUGUAUACACAACUUCUUGUAUAAAUAAUGCAGUUCUUUUAAGUGCUGAUAGAAACAUAUUUUUAAAAUGCAAAUCACAAAAUGUUAAAUGUGUUUUUGUAGAAAAUGACGAUUAUAUGAGCAUAAAAUUAGAAGUUUUUAUGUGUCAAACCUCUAUAGAACCAAUGGAAGUAGUUGUAGAAAAGGUAGAUUCUAAUAAGAUGAGAAUAGUACUAGGUAUUAUAAAACCAUGUGUAGAAAUGAUUUUAAUAAAAAAUAUUGGACCAGGAUAUAAAGUCAUGUUUGAAAAAAAUGUACAGGAUGCAGAUCUCUGUCAAUUAGUUGAUAUUUGUAUUAAAAAUUUCUCUUUAUUUGAUGGAUAUUUGCACAGAUCUUCAAAAAAUGUCUUAAAUGAUAUUUAUAAAGUUUUAAAAGAAGAAACAGAUGAAAAUAAGAAAAACCAAUCACUUCGAAAUUUAUUAACAAUAUUUAAAAUUGAUUAUCAAUUAUAA